CUUAAUAAUUAAAAAGUAUGUAUGCAAUUAAAUUGACUGGCAUUUGUUUGGAGUGUUUGAUGGUCAUGGAUAAAAUGGUCAUUUUAUUUCUAGGUUCAAAAUUAUAUUGUGCAAAUGUGGGUGAUUCUAGAGCAGUAUUCUUUUAUAGAUCAGGUGAUGCUUGGUUUAAUAGAGCAUUAUCAUUUGAUCAUAAACCUAAUAAAUCAAUAGAACUGAGGAGAAUUUUAGGUCAAGGAGGAAGAGUAGAAUAAAGUUAUUUUGAUGGUAAAAGAUAGGGUGCAUAUAGAGUUUGGUUACCACAUGAAGAAAUACCAGGAUUAGCAAUGUCAAGAUCAAUUGGAGACUUGGUAGCAAAACAAGUAGGAGUAAUAGCAGAACCAGAAAUUUUAAGAUAUAAAAUACCAAAUAAUGGAUUUAUUUUGAUUGGCAGUGAUGGUUUAUGGGAUAAAAUGGAGUAUGAAAGCAUUUAAAAGAUACUUCAUAAUUAUUAUCCUCCAUUAAAUUAGCUUGAUGUUGAAUCUGCUAUUUAAAGAAUACUUGGAGAGACUUAUACAAAAUGGGAUCAAUUGGAUUCAGCAAGAGAUGAUAUUACAAUAAUACUCAUUUAUGUUGAAAUUUGAUUAUUUUAUAUUUAUAUUUAUAUAUUACAUUUUUAUGAAAGCCAAUCUGCCAAGAGAAUUUAAGGUAUAAAUAGUUUUUAAUAAUGGUAGACCUCUUAAAUAGAAAUCACCUAUUAUUGAUGAAUCAAUAGAAGAUGAAAUUUCUAAUGGCGAAGAGGAUGUGCCUGAUGAUGAAUUUGAAGAAGAAAUGGAUCUUGAAAAUGAUGUAAAUUUAUCUGUUUUCUUCAAAAGAAAAAAAGUUUACUAAACGAUAAAUGCAUAUGUAUAGUUUUGGUAAUUUGGAUGGGAGUGAGUUCUUAUCCUUACCUUCGAAAAAAUCAAAAUCAAAAAAAGAUUUAGCUUUUACUGAAGAAGAAAUGAUAUCAAAAAGUUAAAAAGAACUGUAAAGAAAAGAAAAAUUAUAAAAAUAAUAGGAAGAAUAAAAAUAGAUGACAGUUGAUAAAAUAUAAAAAGAAAUAGGAAGAAAAUAAAAAUAAAGAUAAUAACAAGAAGAUAAAAGACAGAGGAUACACAUAAAUAUAGAUGUUUACCUCCAGAUGAUAUUAUAAUCAAAUAUAAAUCAAGUAGUGAAGGCACAUUUAUAAUAAUGCCAAGAUAUAUGAAUUCAUAAUUGCCU